AUGACGUCAUCAGAGCGGAACCCGGAAAAGAGCAGCGCGGCCUCAAAUCAAGGCGGCAAUAACACUCCGGCCUCGCCAUGAAGGAAACGCCGCUGUCCAACUGCGAGAAGCGCUUCCUGCUGAAAGCCAUCGAGGAGCGGAAGCGUCUUGAUGGACGAGAGUGCUAUGACUACAGAAAUCUUCGCAUCUCCUUUGGCUCUGACUAUGGCUGCUGUAUUGUGGAGCUUGGAAAAACGAGGAUUCUUGGACAAGUGUCCUGUGAGCUUGUCACCCCAAAGCCAAAUCGUGCGACGGAGGGCAUACUUUUCUUUAAUCUUGAACUCUCUCCUAUGGCAUCACCUGCAUUUGAGCCUGGAAGACAGCCUGAGUUACUUGUAAAACUGAAUCGACUGUUAGAAAGAUGCCUAAGGAAUUCGAAGUGUAUAGAUACUGAAUCUCUCUGUGUUGUUGCUGGUGAAAAGGUGUGGCAAAUUCGUGUGGACUUGCAUGUGCUGAACCACAAUGGAAACCUUAUUGAUGCUGCAAGUAUAGCAGCAAUUGUGGCCUUGUGUCACUUUCGGAGGCCAGAUGUGUCUGUGCAAGGAGAAGAAGUAACACUGUAUACACCUGAGGAACGUGACCCUGUCCCACUGAGUAUCCACCACAUGCCUAUCUGUGUAAGCUUCGCUUUUUUCCAGCAAGGGACCUUCUUGUUAGUGGAUCCUAGCGAACAGGAGGAACGAGUUAUGGAUGGCCUCCUUGUGAUUGCCAUGAAUAAGCACCGUGAGAUUUGUACAAUUCAGUCUAGUGGUGGAAUUAUGCUGCUAAAAGAUCAGGUUCUAAGAUGUAGCAAAAUAACAGGGGUUAAAGUAGCAGAAAUUACAGAACUCAUUCAGAAAGCCUUGGAAAACGACCAGAAAGUUAGGAAAGAAGGGGGGAAGUGUGGAUUCGCUGAAUCUGUUCCUAACCAAAGAAUAACUGCAUUUAAGAUAGAACAAGCCCCAGUGGACACCAAAGAUGUACAAGAGCAAGCUGAAGAAAUAAUUGCCAAAGCAUUUCCUCCUUCAGAAGUCGUGGCCACGCCAGUUUUGUGGACUUCUGGCACAGCCCAGAUUGGAGAAGGACUUGAGAAUUCAUGGGGUGAUUUUGAGGGAUCUGAAAGAGAGGAGGAAGAAGAUGAAAUUGCUCAGGAUGAACCUAUAACAGUAGAAGACCAGAAUAUGGAAACUGGAGAUGCUAGUGCCAGGACAAGGAAGCAGAAAGAUGAGACAAUUGUUUUAUCUGACAGUGAAGAGGAAGAUGUUGUGAUCCUCAAACCAGAAGUGACAAACAAAAACAGAACAGAGACCUCUCCCAAACAAGACACAAUGAGUAAAAAAACAGGUGGUAAAAAGAAGAAAAAAAGAGCUACUAAAUAAAUGAGUGGAUCAUAUUUUUGUAAUUUGACUUUUGUGCCCAAAACCAGUGUUCCCUUAUAUGUAAUAACAUAGUUUAUGUUGCUGAAAAAAUUGUAAUGGUGCAUCUGUUUUAUAUAUAUAUGUGCAUUUUUCUAAUAAAGUUUUUAUUGGUCUGUU